AUGGUGGCGAUGUUCGCCGUGGAAGUCGUGCUGUGCUCCGCGCACCUCUCUUUCCUCCCCUCUCCCCCCUUGCCUUUCCUUGGCACCCCUCCUCUCCCCGACACCGGCCAGUGGCUCCUUCUCGCCCUCAACAACCACCUCCCUGCGCCCCUCGCCCCUCCCUUCCCCCCUUCCCCAUUCAUCCCUCCCUCCCCAUACAGUGGCACCCCUCCUCUACCCGACACGGGCCAUGGCACCCCUCCUCUCCCCGACACAGGCCAGUGGCUCCUGCUCGCUCUCAACGACCACCUCCCCGCGCCCCUCACCGCGCUCCUCCGCGCGCGCCUCGUCGAGUUGCACGAUUUCCUCAUGCUCUUCAUGCUGCUCGCCUUCUCCGUGCUCUUCAACUGCAUCCCCCCUUCGGGAAUCGGCCUCGGCGCGCGCUACUGCUUCACCAUCGGGCUCAGCCGCUUGCUCCGGUGCACUACCCACCAGAAUAUCAACCUGACUGGGGCGCUUUCCAAUUCCUGGUGGACUUUCCUGCGCCCAAUGAACGCCCGCGCUCACCACGGCGCCGCCGCCUCCUCUGGCGCCUUCAGCAGCUUCGUCAUCCGCCCCUACGGCGGCUGCAACGACCUUGCCUUCAGCGGCCACAUUAUCGUUGCAGCGCUCACUGCCUGCGCAUGGCAGGGAGGUUCGGGAGCGGCAGCAUUAUUCGGUAGAUGUGGUGAUCGCUCUUUAUCUCGCGCCGCUGCUGUGGCGCACCACCAGGUUUCUCUGGUCGCACCCGCCGCGCCGCCUACGAGGAGGGAGGCUUUUGGGGCAGCGCUUAGUGAGCGGGAAGCGGCGCUUAUGAAAGCGCUGAAGGAUGGGGAUUUGGGUGCGGUGAGGGAGGCGGUGGGGGAUGCGGUGGAGGAAGCGGAAGGAGUUGUUUCGGGUGGUGUCAAGGGGAAGACAGCUGGUGAUAAAGCUGGGAAGGAUGCGCAGACUAACAGAUUGCUGUUGCCGUUUGGUAUCGGUAUGAUUUUGUUGCUGUUUGUGGUGGUUUUGACGGCCUUCAACAUGGCAGACGAAGGCGGAGGCUUCUUUAAGUGGCGAAAAUAA